GCUGAGACAUCGGGGCGGUUUAACUUGCGAAUAGAGAGGGCUGUCGGGGGUUGCAUUAGCUCCUUGAUGGAAACUAUCCCCGAAUAUCAACAGGAAGUGUCUGAAUAAUCCUCCAUGGCUUCCUGCACUGUGAGCUCUCCAGAUUCAGUUUUCCCGGGAAUGACAUGCACCCUGGAGAACGUGCUGGCCGACGCAAAGUCGCUGGUGGAGCGUCUGAGGAACCAUGACAACGCUGCCGAGAUGUUGAUCGAACAGACCUCCUCCCUCAGCAAGCGGGUGGGGGCCAUGAAACAGUACCAGGAGGAGAUCGAUGCCCUGAACCAGGUGGCCCGACACCGGCCCCGCUCCAGCCUGGUGCUCGGUAUCCAACAGGAGAACCGGCAGAUCCGGGACCUCCAGCAGGAGAACCAAGAGCUACGGACGUCCCUGGAGGAGCACCAGUCGGCCCUGGAGCUCAUCAUGACCAAGUACAGGGAGCAGGUGUUCAGGCUGCUGAUGGCCAGCAAGAAGGACGACCCGGCCAUCGUCACGCAGCUGAAGGAGCAGCACACUACAGAAAUGCAAGCGCACAUCGAUAAGAUCAACGAGAUGGCGAGCGUCAUGAGGAAGGCGGUGGAGGUGGACGAGGGCCGCUUGUGUGAGGACGAGGAGCGGAUCAAACAGCUGGAGCUGGAGAACAAGGGUCUGCGCGAGCUGUUGGGCAUCAGCCGAGAGGCCUUCCUGGUGCUGAAGAUGGACGAGUCGUCCGAGAGCACGUCGCUGUCCGCCCUGUUGACCAGCGCCGACGUCAGCCUACGGAAGAGUUAGGGGCAUCCCAUCCCCCCCCCCCCCCACCACCACCUUCUUCUGCUGCCUCAUUAAUCCCACCAAUCAGCGUCUGUACGUCUGUCCCGACCACAGGGAGCGGUCAAGGGAACAGUCCUUGCCCGUGUUAAAACAAUGAGUAACGCACGUAUAAAGGGUCAGUCUAGUAACGUACUAAAGGUUCAUGCAAAUCGAUGCAGGGCUGCCAUUUGUUUGUUUUGUGAGGGUAAAUACGUGGAGGGUGUCAGAGUGAUUCUAUAGCGUGCAAUCUCAAGAGUCUUAUAAGAGUCUCUUGGGGAUCGGUGUGACGGUGGAGGAACGCCAUCUCGGACCUUAUCAUUCAUGCAGAGUGAAAAACACGCAGCCAACUCAAAGCCGUCUUUCAUUUUAUAAAGUGUGCGUUGGUUUAUUUAGUUUGUUUGCUAGUUGGUUAUAACUAGCGCGUGUGAGUCUGAGGUUGGCAUGUUAGGAGUGUGAAUGGAAAAAUGAAAUGCUUGAUUUAAAUAAAACUGAAACCGCC